AUGCCAGAUAAUGUUCCAGGUGGUACCGUUACUAUUUACCAUCCAAAUAAUAUACCUCAAUUCUCCCCCCGCAAUGAAUCUUGGUUGUUAUGGAAAGAAAAACUUGAUAUUUAUUUCACUGAAAUAAAUUGCACUGAAGAAAGUACGAAAAAAGCCACUCUCUUGAAAGCUAUUGGACCAAUUGCGUAUGAAACAUUGCAUAAUUUAUGUAGCCCAGACACUCCAGUUUCAAAAACGUUUAAAGAACUUUGCAGCUUACUAAAAAUGCACUACACUCCGCCAACUAUAAUUUUUCGUGAGCGCAAAAGCUUUCACACUGCUAUACAAGGUGAAGACGAAACAGUAGCAGAAUGGCAUGCUGGAGUAAAAAAAUUAGCACUCGCGUGUAAAUUUGGUGUUCAUUUAGAUGCCUUUGUUUUGGAUCGCUUUAUUAUGGGAAUAAAUAAUAAAAUAUUUGAACGACUGUGUGAAGAGGAUGAGAAAAUUACAAUUGAAGAUGCUCUCAGAAAAGCUUUAAUUAUGGAGAUGAACAUAAAUAAUUGUGGCAAUUCAACUGAGCUCUACAAAUUUUCAAUUAAAAUCGAUGGAAUUCCAAUUGAAGUUGUUUGUGAUUCAGGUGCUCCAUGCAGUUUGGUAUCGAAAUCAUUUGUUGACAGUCUAAAUAAAAAAGUAAGUCUCAAGUCCUGUACUGAUCCAUAUGUCGAUUUUAAUGGAAAUAAAAUUAAGGUCCUAGGACAAUAUGAUGAAAUAAUUGAAUUAAAAGGUACAAAGAAAACAGUGAAGCUGGUAGUAACUGAUAGUAAUAAUAAUCCUUUGUUUGGUAGAAACUUUCUACGCACAUUUAAUUUUGAACUUAUUCAAGUAAACUCAGUUAGUUCUGAUCAAUAUUCCAUUAUAACUGAGCAAAUUAAAAAUUAA